AUGUGCAGUGUCCAAUGCAAGUAUCAUGGUGACGCUGGCCUUACGAAAGCACGGGAAAUUUUGUCAAGGCAGCAUUUAGUUGUCACUCGAGGCAUCGAACGCGUACGCUCAUUUCCUGACUGGGUUAGCGGCGUCCUCGUUGUCCAGAGCUGUUGGGGCCUUGCCAUACGAUCUGUCUUCUUCCUUCUUCUUCCCUUUUGUGUGCGCGUGGCUACAACGAAGAGGACGGGUAUGCGGGACUGCGCAAAGAAGAUAAGCCGAUGUCGAGACGAAGGGAAGGGACACCUGAACCUCUCCAACAGUCAAUUGCACGCUCUGCCUACGAGCAUUCGCGACCUCGGUGCCCAUCUGUGCGAACUCUUUCUCUACACGAACAAACUCGUCAGUCUUCCCAACGAGAUCGGGACGCUAACACAGUUGACAAAGUUGAUGGUGCAGGAGAAUUCGCUGACCUCGUUGCCCGAUAGUCUGGCGGAGUGCACGCACCUGAGCAUUCUCGACGUGCGGCACAAUAAGUUGUGUGAAAUUCCUCCUGUUAUCUACCGUCUGCCAAACCUGGUACUACUCUUGCUUCGCUGCAACCGCAUCCGGGUGGUCGACUGCGAAAUCGGGCGUCUGACGAAGUUACAAGUACUGAGUCUUCGAGAGAACAAGAUCCGACAAUUGCCUUCGAUUCCAGGCAUCUGCGAGUUGAAACAACUUACUACUUUGGACGUCUCAAAGAAUCAGUUGGAACAUCUUCCUGAGGAAAUCGGUCAAUGCAGAAACCUUACGGAGAUCAGUCUGCAGAACAAUGAACUAACCUCCUUGCCCGAAUCAAUUGGUGAAUUGGCUCUCCUCGAACGGCUCGGCAUUAGGUAG